AUGCUUAGUCACAUCAGUUAUCCCUCAUCAAACUCUCAAAAUGUUGAGCAAAGAAGCAAAAGUAAAAUCCAAAAGUCCCCGAAAACAGAGCACAGUCCAGGCCAAGGCCAAGCGAAAGUCGGCCAUCGAUUGUGCAGGAAUGGAGAGGCCAACGAAGAAGGAGGCGCCACCACCACAGGCAGAGGCGGAGUGCAACAGGCCCAAGUUCCAUCGUUCGCCAGAGCAGAAGCGAGUCUACCUGCAGCAGCAGGUGGUGCCCAUUCUGAUGGAGGGAAUGCUGGCUGUGGCCCGCGCACAGCCCCGCGAUCCCGUCGGCUACCUGGAGAAGUUCUGGCUGCAGGACAGCCACAAGUGCGACACUCAGCUGCCCCAAAACAUUCUCUGAAUCGAAUUUCCAAUCAAAACAAAUUCAAAUUGAAAUAAAAUGCAGUUUCGGUUUCCGUUGAGCCUCA